CUCGCCUACUUCUCGUUUUUCCUUUUUCUAAUGUACAUGAAGUAAGCUUUACACAUUGCGCCGACUCCCAAAACACCAUAACAAUCUAAAUAAUCACCAAUUAACACAACCCAACCAAUUCCUGCCUCCCAUCAAAGCAAAAAAAAUAAAAAUAAAAUGCUCCGCCUCCUCCUCCCCUCUCUCCUCCUCGCCUUCAUCAGUCUCCCAUCAAACUCGCCAUCAUUUAUACACAACGACGACGACAACAACAACAGCAGCGACAGCAGCAACCCAAUCGAAGCCUGCAACCCCCUCAACCAUCCGAACCCCCUCGCCCUCGAAUCCGACCGGCUCACCGUCCUCAUAACCGGCUACUCCCCCUCUCGCAUCCCUCGCCUCCUCUCCCUCGCCCUCUCCUACUCCGCCCACCCCCCGUCGGUUCGCGCAAAGUCCUCAUCCUCUGGCCGCGCCAGGCCUUCCUCCCUUUCUUUUGCGUUCAGAGCCUCUCUCCUUCGCUCGCAUCGACCCGUCGUCGGAUUCUUCGCUCGGUCCCACGACUUCGACCCUGAUGCCAAGUCAUGGAUCUACACGGUUCACCCGUCUCGGUACUCCAUCGUCCUGACCAAGCUCAUGAUCCUCAACACGGAGUAUCUCUACAGAUACAGCUGCUCCGAGAAAUGGAAGGCUGCAAGGGAGUAUGUGGAGAAAGAGAGGAAUUGCGAGGAUAUUCUGAUGAAUUUUGUGGCAGCUGUCGAGGGAGGGGAGGGGCCGCUGGUGGUGGAAGCGAAGGGAGGGGUUAGGGAUUGGGGAGAUCCGAGGAACGAUGAUGGAGGAGGAGAGAGAGGGUUGAGUGGAAGAAGGGAUCACUGGAAGAAGAGAGGGGAGUGUAUAAGGGAGUUCCACAAGGUGUUCGGUGAAAUGCCACUUCGGUAUAGUUAUGGGAAGUUGGUGGAGGAGAUUGGGGAGCAAGGCUUAUGUGUUAGGGGAGGGAAGAUGGUGUACUGUGAUCAGCAAUCAUAGGUUUUUCUGAUCUUCAUCUUGUUAUUAUGGUUUAUCUGUAUGAUGAAGUUAACGUGCAAGUAUCACGAUAAAAAAUCAUGAUCUUCAACAGAAGAUGAGGUUAAUACAGUAGCUAUGCACAGUGACAUUCUUAUUAAAUAUUGCACAUCAGGGCAUAUUAUAGAAAAACCCUUCGUGCAUAUAUCACUUAAAAAACAAAUACAAACACGAUACUACCAAUAUAUUAUAGAAAAACCCUUCGUGUAUAUAUCACUUCAAAAACAAAUACAAACACGAUAAUACCAAUAUUUACUCUAUAAACAGUUUCAAUUCAACUAAAGAAGGUAACAUUGGAAGAGUCGUUAGUUCAGAACAACAAAUGAGCCUCGUUAGUUCAGAACAGCAAAUGAGCCUCCCACUACAUUUUGAAUUUCUAUUGACAUUUACCACUCCCAACGCUCAAAAUGGCAAAUAGCGACAAUAUGCUUUUCAGUGCCCAUAACAUGUACUGGUUUCAAACCGCCAUGAAGAAUUAAUUUCUAUGACUAAUUCUCAGCAAAAGUUUCUUCAGUUGAAUCAAAAAAAAAAAAAAA